AUGACCAAACUCCAGUCUGCUCUUGCAGUCCUCCUGCUAAGCACUCUUGCAAACUUUACAUUUAGCAGGAUUGAAAGAACUCCUGAACUAUGUUGUGCAGAUCUUCAUGCAAGUGAUAUCAGCGGUAGAAUAGCUUUCCCCAAUACCAUAACAUACAAUGAGUCUAUCAACUCAUACUUUGCCGUUAAUGCUCGACUUCACCCGACCUGUAUUGUUCAACCACUCUCCACACAUGAUGUCUCCGUGGCUAUGCAGAUUUUGGGGAGCUCCAGACGCUGUCAAUUUGCCAUCCGUAGCGGUGGUCACUCUACCUCAGUUGGUGGUUUGAAUAUCCAACCCGGUAUCACCAUCGACCUAUCAUUAAUGAAUCGCACCACGUACAGCCCAAGCACAGGGACUGCGUCCAUUCAGCCCGGAGCUCGGUGGUCAUCAGUAUACAACACGCUGUUAGAACACGCUGUCAUGGUUCCAGGUGGCCGCACUGCCUCUGUCGGCGUUGGAGGGUUUCUCAUCGGGGGUGGAAAUUCCUUCUAUGCCGCUCAAGUUGGUAUUGCGUGCGACAAUGUUGAAGAAUAUGAGGUUGUUUUAGCGAGUGGAGAGAUUGUAACAGCAAAUCGGCAUAUAAACACCGACUUAUUCAAAGCGCUCAAAGGGGGCUCCAGCAAUUUCGGCAUAGUGACAAGGUUUGAAGUCGCUGCAUUUCCAUCUCAGAACCUAUGGGGUGGGAACGUCAUCCAUGAUUACAAUCCAUCAACGCUCCAGCAAUAUAUACCUGCCGCUAUCAGCUUUACGAAAAACAUUCCUAAAGACCCCUAUGCCUCCUGGGUGGGAUUCGUGGCCUAUAACUUCAGCACUGACCGGACCGGUAUCAUUUCCUCGUUGGCUUACACAAGACCAGUAGAGCGCCCUUACGCAUUCCGCGAUUUCUAUAUGAUUCCGAAUAUCACCGAUACGUUGCGUCUCUCAAAAAUAGUAGAUUUAACAACUGAAAAUUUAUUCCCUUCAGGUUAUCGGAACGUCGUCCAAACGGGAACCUAUCUCAACAGAGAAGAAGUUCUUCAAAAGGCCGUCGACAUCCUUACCCACCAAGUUCAGGAAGCCAGGUCUCUGGCUCGGAGUCGGGACUUUAACCUUUAUCUUAUUGUUCAACCAUGGGAUCCCUUGUUCUGGAAGGACAGUGAAACCAAAGGUGGGAACGUGCUCGGGCUAGAGCGGUUUGAUCAGGCCAUGUUCAAUAUUCUCUGGGACUACAGUUGGGACAACGAGUCAGAUGAUAAUCUCUUCUAUUCCCUUGCCGAGUCCGCGAGGGUAGAGCUGGAUGAAUACGCCAAGUCAAGAGACGCGUAUAAUGAAUACAUCUAUAUGAAUUAUGCCGGUAGCAACCAGAACCCGAUUCAUGGAUAUGGACCGAAAAACUUGGCGUUUGUGCGGCAGGUGGGAAGGAAAUAUGAUCCGAAAGGUGUUUUUCAGAAACAGGUUCCGGGGGGCUUUAAGCUUUGA